AUGCGGUAUUAUUUAGUAUAUAUUAUUUAUUUGGACGAUUUUGUUAAUAAUAAUGAGCCCAAUCAAGAGUCAACAGUUAAUGAUGAAAAAACUCGUCUUGUCUUGGACCAAAUCAACGUUUGUCCUUCACCAAAUACCUCUUCGAAUACUUGUACUAGAACUCAAAAAAAACGUUUACUUCAAUGUUCAAGUUUACUCAACAUUUAUUUGUCAUUCUUACCUAAAGAAGAAAAAUUAACUCUUACUAAUAAUAAAAUAAAAUUACAGCAAUGGAAUACUGGUUUUACUUUUAAUUAUGUGGAAUUCUUACGUUAUUUAGAUCUCGAAGAAUUAUUCAUUACUGUUAGAAGUUGGAAACAAUGCUUAUCAAAGAGUCAAUUAAUUAGUAAUAAUGAUGUUAAUUCUCAAAAAUUAAAAAGAUUUAGUUCAAAAAAAAGCUUGGUUAAUUCUAUAAAAUCUUUAAAAAAUGUUAUAUUACGAAAAAAGCAUUCAACUUUUAGUGUCAGCAAGGCCGUUUUUCCUGUAUCCGUGGAUCGUGUGGUUUCUUAUUCUUUAGCGAAAUUAAUCAUGAACAAUUCUAAAAAGUUAAUUCUUCUUUCAAUUGAUCCAACUAUCGGUGAUUCCAUUAAGAAUUAUCGAUGUAAUUGCAUGGAUCCUAUCUUUAAUAUUGAUAAUUAUGGGCAUCAAAUAUUUAAACAAAAUGUUCCCGAAGAACAUCUAUUGAUAGCAACUUAUCCUGGUGCAAAUGAAUGUCUAUCUUCCCUCACAGAAUUUAUUUGUACUACUCGUGGAACAAAAUGGAGGCUUUUUCACGCUAUGUCAUCGAUUUGUAAACAACUUAAAAUGAUCUCUGUUGACAUGGGAGGCUAUGAUUCUUGGUCAAAUGCAGGUCUUCAAACUUACACUGAACCCCAAAUGCAAGAAUUAGAAUGGGAAGCAAAAAAUCUUGCCACUUUAAUUCGAUCUCAAAGUUCUUUAAAGGAAUUCUUAUUGUCACGUGGUGAAAUCGGAUUAAAUACUAUUUUGGAUGCGUUGACGAGUCAAGUUAUAUCAUUAAAAUAUAUUGAAUUUAUCAAUAUUGACACUAAACUUUCUCUAUGGGGUUCUCUUGAAAGAUUAAAUGAGUUUAACGGAUUAAAAACCUUGAAAUUCAUAUCUUGUAGACUUAAUGACAUCCUAACGAAACCUUUAGUUUCAAAUCCUAUUCCGCUUUUUCGAUUAACGACAAUUGAAAUGAGUGAUUCCACAUCAUCUCCGGAAAUAGUUUUAAAGUUAAUUAAAGAUUCUGGUUCUUCUCUUAAAUCCCUAAUCUUAGGGGACCAUCAUAAUAAAGAAGGUUCAGAUUCUGCAUGUAACAUUAUUGAAACAACUGCAAAAUACUGUCCGAAUAUCGUAAAUUUCUCUUCUAUUGUUUCAGUUAGUGAAAUUUCACAACUUUUAACUCUCUUCACAUUUUGUCCACAACUCGAAUCUGUAACUUUAAGAGGACCUGAGGAUGAAACUGAUCAUGUAAUAGAAGAUAUAAAUUGGUUAUUUGAACAAAUGGGUGAGCUACAACUUUUAAGAAAACUUCGAAAUUUGGCAAUUCAAGCUCCUUGGUCGUUUCUUCCCCAUUCUUUGAAUGAAUUUCUUAAGGAUUCAAGUCCACCAUUAAGGUCUUUGGAAUUUUCUUGUUCUCAUUGCUUUUCUGAUGGUCAUCUAGAAGUAAUUUUGAGAUGUUUGGGAAAGAAUUUGAAGAGAUUAAAGUUGGCAACUUGCAUUGAAAUGGAUGAUGAACUGAUUGUUGAGGCUUUAGCAACUAUCGAAGAUUUCGAAUUUAAAACAUUUAUAUCGUCUCAUGGCUCUUGCCAUUUUAAUAAUAUAUACAUACAUGAAUUAGUUUACUAA